UUUCAAAUAAAAAGUGUUAAAAUUCAAUUGAAAGAAUUGCUUCGCAGAAGUCAAUAAUGCAAAAGUAACUACUAUUUCAACUUCAUUAUUUAAGUUUUGUGGAAGAGUCAUGGCAGUAAAUCCGGAAACUGAAAAAAAUAUGCCUUCGAAAAUAAGAUGUUUUUUCGACAUUACUCUUGGUGGUUUACCGGCUGGAAGAAUCGUGUUCGAGUUACAUCCAGACAUAGCCUCCAAAACAUGCGAAAACUUUCGAGCUCUUUGUACUGGCGAAAAAGGAAUUGGCCAAAAAACCGGAAAGGCUUUACAUUACAAGGGAAUAAUUUUUCAUCGCGUUGUGAAGGAUUUUAUGAUACAGUCAGGAGAUUUUUCUAACAGUAAUGGCACUGGAGGUGAAUCAAUUUAUGGCGGCACUUUUGACGAUGAAGCUUUUGUUUUAAAGCACGACAAGCCGUUUCUUCUUUCCAUGGCUAAUCGUGGAAAGAAUACAAACGGUUCUCAAUUUUUUAUUACAACGCAACCUGCUCCUCAUCUUGAUAACGUACAUGUUGUCUUCGGACACGUGGUUUCUGGACACGAUUUAGUGCGACAACUGGAACAAUUGCCGGUAGAUCGAAAUUCCCGCCCUCUUCAAGACGCUGUAGUUGCCAACUGUGGUGAGUUGGUAAGACAAGUUAAAGAAAAAAAGAAAAAGAAAACUAAGCCAAGUUCAACCGAUGAGUCAGAGGUAGAAGGAUCUAAGAAACGCAAAAAAGAGAAGAAGAAAAAGAAAGACAGAAAACCAAAAGACGAUAAAGAAAAUGGUAGUAACCUGGAAGAAGGUGAACUGAAAGAUGACGGUGAAGCACAUCCUCUAACAACAAUUACCAAGAUAGAUCCCAACGAAAUCCCUGAAGUAUCAAACAGAUAUCUUAUGCGUGGUGGCAGUGUUAAGCAAAGGCAAUAUGACAGAAGCAGUGAUGAAGAAUACGACGAAAACGGCGGCCGCAGUCGUAGACGAGAAAGAGAGAAACCCCGAGAACAGCGUAAUUUUGGAUGGUCUAAACGGCGCGUUCCUGUAUCGAAAAGUGGUAGAGUUAUUAAAGGACGUGGUAACUUUCGAUAUCGAACACCAUCUCGUUCUCGUUCUCGAUCCCGGAGUUUUACACCAAUUCAUUGGAAAGUUGCACAGAAGCGUACCAUCAAAAUGACAGACUUAGAAAAACUGGAAGAAGAAAAACGACUGCGUGAAACAGAAAUCAAGCGCCGUGAAGCUGAACGCAAAAUACGCCACGAUGAAUUAGCUAAAGAUGCGUCAAAAAAGUCCUUUUUUGAACUUAACCAAUUAAAAGAAACGGCUUCUGAUAAUAUCGGAGACGACGAUGACUUAGAUCAAAAUGAAGUGAAUGCAAACAAUAAACCAAUAGAUAUGAAUGCACUGGAUUACGAACAUCAAGGGACUGGUUCUGAUGUAGAUGGCGAGGAAAUUACUAAAAACCCGCGAAAUGAAUCUAUAGCUAAAGCAUUCGGAUUACAGCCGAAAAAAAUGAAAGGUGUGGAAUUCAGCGAUCGGGGAAAACAACAAAAUUUGGAUAGGGAUCCUGAAGACGAAAUGCCAGAUAGUCAAAAUGAAGAGAAAAAUCGCGACAAUAGAAAAAACCCAAGAGAUAAAUUACGUGAAACUAAACGUAAUGAAUUUGCUGUUUCUAGAAGUCGCUCAAGAGAACGCAAGAAGCAUUUAUCUAGAAGUCACUCAAGGGAUCGCUGGCGUGAUUAUAAAAAUUAUUCGCCAGUACCUUACAGAAGUGUCAAUAAGAGACAAUAUACAGGGCGGUGGUAUAAUCAAAGACGUGGGUUUUUCUCACCGCGUGGUAGAGGUGGGCGCUUUGAUCGCUAUCGCCGUUCUAGAAGUCAUGAACGCAGAAGAUCUAGCACACGAUACCGAAGAAAUCGUUCUCGUUCCAAAAGUUCUGAAUCAUAUGAUCGUAGCAGCAGAAGUCGAUCAGAGUCUCAACGACGUACUAAGGAAUAUUAUCAUAAAAACCGAUCUCGAUCUAGGUCAGCAUCUCAAAAAUCAUACAAAACAACAAGUUCAAAACUGAAGGUAGAUAAAUCCGAUACCAGUCCAACUGUAAAGAAAGAACCUACCGAAGAAGAUAAAGCACGUCUACAAAAAGAGAAAAUGUUGAAGCGUGCCGAAACGUUAUUACUUUUGAAAAAUCAUAUGGAAAAAGAAAUUGAAGAGCAACAACGAAAAGCUAGAGAAAAACAAAAGUUGAAGGAAGAGAGAGAAAAAUUGGAAGCCGCAUUGGAACUUGCUCAGCUAGAAAAACUCAAGAAGGAAACAAUUGAAAAAUUACAUAAACAUGACAACAUGAAAUUGGUUGCAGCACAGAAAAUCCUAGAAACAGUUGUUUCAACCGUAAAGGGUAAAACCAGCAGCAGUAUAUCAAGCAAGACAAAACAACGCCGCAAACGAAAUACUUCCAGUUCAUCAUCAUCUACCGCUUUAUCUGGCGAUGAUAAAACUCGCAAAAGAAAGAAAGAAAAGAAGAAGAAGAGCAGACGCCGUUCUACAUCGUCAUCCUCAUCAUCGUCUAAUUAAAUGGAUUAAUAUAACUAUCAAUAUAAAAAAACGUAGCACGACUACAUAAUUGAAGAUAAAAAACUGCUUCAAGUUUUCGUUGCCAUAAAUUACUUGAAAUGAAAUAAAUCAAUAAAAUACUUUAUUUGAUAGUUCAAUAAUAAUCACAAAAAUUUGAAUCGAAAAAAGAUAAAAAGAACUAUGCAAGUCUGAAACGUGUGCGAAAAUAUUCAAUCAAAUUAACAAUCUCUGAAUGACUGAGUAAUCCACAAUGAAGUUAAUAACAAGAAUGAUAACUGCCGCUGAGCUGAAGCAAUUUAUUUUUACCUAAGAGGAUAUUUAACAGAAAAUGUGGAACAAUCAGUAGCGCCUCCUCUGCAUGUUCAACCUAUUCAUAGGACCGGUAGUAAAAUUCAGCCGGAUAAAAAUAUUUUCGUCAAUUGUUCAUGAUUUUGCUUGCACCGACGCACACGCAAUACGAAUUUUAUUUAGACAGUACAUAUACUUUCUUAUUAGAAUGCUCGUUAUUCCAUUGUUGCAAACACGGUAUGGAAUUUCUCAUUGGAUAUCGAUUUCACUGAACAACUUAGUACUUCAUAUUCCUAUGA